AUUGACAGGGUGAGUGGCCAGGCGGAGAAUAAGCGCCUGAUUUGCCACCCAGGAUAUUCUGGAUGGGCGAUGUUAAGUGAAUUUAAAUGUGAUUACAGUAAGGGAAAUAAUGCUUAUGUUGUAAGAAGACAACUCUGAAGGAUUUAACUUUGAGGGCAACACCCAGGCCUGAUUACAUCUUGUUGUACGGUCACAGAACAGGCGGUUCAACAUUUAUUACCUUUAAGUAAAGCAUGUGAUUUUUCUAAAUUUCCACGGACACAGCUGACUAAAGUUUGACAGCUAUUUGAUUACACAGAGGAAGUAGUUCAAGAAACUUGGUUGGAUUAAGCCUUAUUUCUGUGUUAUUAGAUACACAGAUCCGCUGCUCAUGACCACAUCUAAAGCCUGUCCUGAGUUGCGAGUCAGAAGAGGAAAGGCUGGGCUGAUGACAAGCAUGACAUUGAGCCAAGCCACAGAUGCAUGCCCACUCAAAAGGCCCAACUGAGCACCAUCCCCUCUGCUUCCCGGCUUUCACCCAGCCUCUCAGAAGGCAGGUGUCGACGGGCGUAGCUAGUCUCCUGCACCCCCAAGUAGAACCUCACUGUGAAACUGGAGGUCUCUGAUGGAUCAGGGUAGUAGUGAGCAGAGUCCAGAGGAGCCGGACGCAGGAGGCCGAGCGGAGCUGGAGGUCGGCAGGAGGGCGUCGGAGUCAGAGCACGGCUUGUCCAAAAUCACCCAUAAUGCCCUGGAGAACAUGGGAGCGUUGGGCCAUGGCCUGAAGCAGUUCUUCCAGCCACAGCGCCGACGCUCCUCCGUUUCCCCACAUGACUCCGCCUUAUCCUGCACAAGCGCCCCUCCCUCUGAACCCGUUGACAUAGGGUCAGAAGUAGGGGACGCUCCUGCCUCCUUGGCCCUCCCUUUGGAUUCUGACAACCAUGCCACUUCCGCCCCUCCUGCAGCUCUGAGCCGUGUCCUGCAGCAAAUCCGAGGCCCACCGAUGAUGAAGCGUGGCACCAGCCUGCAGAGCCGCCGCAGCAAGGCUGGGGGCCCUGGAGAUCCUCCCCAGAAAGGUAGCCCACAAAUCCACAGGCGGAGUACUCAUGAGGUCCUGCUGCAGGCUGGACGCCCACGCUCCUCCUCGACCACCGAUACACCCACCAGCCCAGCUCUGGUGGACAUGCUGCUGACCUCUGGAUACCACUCCACUGAAGAGCCUGACAAGUUGGAACGGUAUGAUGGAUCAGCCCCUGCUGUGUCACCUAAUGCCCUCCCUUAUGGUGCGGACGGGUAUGACGUUGUUGACAGUACUCCAGACCCUCAGCGUACUAAGCAGGCUAUUGCCCAGCUACAACAGAAGAUCCUCAAGCUUACCGAGCAAAUCAAGAUCGAACAAACUGCUCGUGACGACAACGUUGCUGAAUACCUGAAACUUGCCAAUAACGCAGACAAACAGCAGAGUGCACGCAUCAAACAGGUGUUUGAGAAGAAAAACCAAAAGUCAGCUCAGACUAUCCAGCAACUACAGAGGAAGCUUGAGCACUACCACAGGAAGCUUCGUGAGGUGGAGCACAAUGGCAUCCCUCGCCAGCCCAAAGAUGUGUUGCGGGACAUGCACCAGGGACUGAAAGAUGUUGGAGCUAAGGUAACAGGCGGCCUGUCCAGCUUCUCUCACGCCACCCACUCUGCAGCUGGAGCUGUGGUGUCCAAGCCAAGAGAAAUAGCUUCCCUCAUCCGAAACAAGUUUGGCAGUGCUGAUAACAUCGCAGCCCUGAAAGACUCUUUGGACGAAACCCAGGGAGACGAGGGUGUUGGUCCUGGGGGAUCACGAACUCUUGGGACAGGACAGUUACAAUCCAGCCCAAAGUAUGGUAGUGAUGAUGACUGUUCUAGUGCUACUUCGGGUUCUGCAGGAGCUAACAGCACCCCUGGAGCCCCUGGAGGCCCCCCUAGCUCUAAGGGUAAUACACUUGAUCCUGCCCAAACAUCAGGCUUUGAUGCUAUACUCCAUGAGAUCCAGGAGCUCCGGGAAAACCAGGGUCGACUAGAGGAAUCCUUUGAAGAUUUAAAAGCCCACUAUCAGCGGGACUACACUAUGAUCAUGGAAGCCCUGCAAGAGGAACGAUACAGGUGUGAACGUUUAGAAGAGCAGCUGAAUGACUUGACAGAACUCCACCAGAAUGAAAUUCUAAACUUGAAACAGGAAUUAGCCAGCAUGGAGGAGAAGAUUGCCUACCAGUCUUACGAAAGAGCAAGAGACAUACAGGAGGCGCUGGAGGCUUGUCAGACUCGCAUUUCAAAGAUGGAGCUGCAGCAGCAACAACAGCAGGUGGUGCAGCUGGAGGGACUGGAAAAUGCCACAGCACGGACUCUUCUUGGAAAGCUAAUCAAUGUGCUGCUAGCUGUUAUGGCUGUUCUUUUGGUGUUUGUGUCCACAGUGGCUAACUGCGUUGUCCCCUUGAUGAAAACACGGAGCCGCACACUUUCCACGCUGCUCCUCGUAAUCCUACUCGCCUUCCUCUGGAGGCACUGGGAUGCUAUUUCAGAGUAUUUUCAUCGCUUUCUUCUGCAUCCCAGAUGACCGACUUGGAGAAGAGUAUUAAAAUGAUGAAGGGACUUUGGCUUUGAGGCCUAUGUGUAAAGAGAGGACAUGUACUGUAGGAAGUUGAGUCUUAAUAGUCCUUUCUUUUCUUAUACUUUCUCUCAGAACACUCAGAGGUGUUUUAGAGGUUUGUCACUUUAUCACUACCUGAAAUAUGUUUUGAGAAGAAUAAAAUCAAAAAAACGCAAUGGGUGGAUGUUUGACAUUGAGUUAGGUGCAAUGGUGGCACAAGCACAUACUGUAAAGGUGAAUGGAGCAUAGUUGAAGUAAAAGCUGAGAGAACUGCACACUUGAUUUCUCUCUUCUGAGUAAAUUUGUUUACACGUGGAAAACUUUGCAUUGUUACUUCACAGAAGAAAUUCAGUUUUAUUAUGUUUGAGCUGACUCAAGUGGUAUUGUUUGACGUCACUGCUAUUUUUAACACAGCUGAUGGAUGCAUUUUUACUUUUUAAUUGUAAUGAGUUGACACGUGCGUAUUUAGUUGCACACAUUGUGGGGUUUUUUUUUGUGAGCUUUCUCUCUUUUAGUCAUGUAAUUCUGUUUUUUCCAGUCUGCUUUUCUGUUCUCCUGUUACUCUCUUUUCAAGUUUCAGCUUAUGUGACCAACUCCUCCUCAUUCUGCUCACUAUACAUUGAAGAUCGGUGUGCCUGCACAUCAGCUACAUUGCUCUGGAAUCAGUCACUGGAUCAGAUAGCUGUGGGUUCUUGUUUCUUUUGGAUGUGUAGAGUCAAUAACACUGGUUCUGUCACAACCAGGAUAUAUUAUUAUCAAAGACUAUGUUUGGAGUGGCAACCUUGCCAUCAGGAUGCUGCUCUCCUGGUGGCUCUUUCACUGCAGAAGAAUAAUCUAUGAACUGAAUUAUCAUACUUGAAGAGCGGCUAAAAGUGCUCAAAGACUCAGUGCUUCCGUACUGUUUCUAUUAGUGACAAUGAAAUAGUAAUACUUUUCUGUUGAUUUUUUUUUUUUAUAUAUUUUAAAAAUGAAUAAAUUUGCUGUUUUAAAAGG